AUGAGCAACGCCGCCGUGGCUCGGCCUCAGAGGGGAGCUUAUGGUGCUUCCACCGCCUCCGCCUACGGUCGGGGCUCGCCGGCUAAGAGGGAGCAGAAGCAUGUCGUCUUCCAACUUAUUGACACGGAGGAUCCUCGUAUCCAAGCUCGAUUACCAAUGAGAGUCAUGAUUUCACCGCACGAUCCGACAGACUCCAUCAUCACCACCGUCAAGAACUUUUACGGACUGUACGACUACGGGGUCAGCUUCGAGAACAAGCAAGGUAUCAGCAUCAUUGCUGCAUACGACAACUUCGACAACGACAUGACGGUCUACGUGAGGACUGUAUCGCAGCCACCUACGGCCCAGAGCGAGCAUGCCCGUUCCACCAUGUCGCCGAAGAAACCUUCGCUUGGCGCUCCCUUCGAAAUGCGCCCACCGCAACUCAACACCGCCCAAUCACCUUCUCGCUCUGCUGCUCGAUCUGCUGGACUGCGUAGCAUGUCUCCACAAUCCGACGCUGGCCGGCGAAGUGUUUCAACCGCUCCGGGUGGGAAGCUUCGAACGCACAGGCUGAAGAGCAGAGAUAACAGCGCCGCUGGGGAUGCAGACGGUUACAGCAGCGGUGACAAUGGAGAAGGGUCGGUCACUAGCUCUCGUCGCUCUAAGACUGAGCAGGUCAAUGCAGAGAUCAGCGUGGACAACAUCGUGGAGGGUGGACGGCGCAAGCGCGCCUUUGAGAGCUCGGCUAAUAGAAGACAGGAACUGCCACUCUUCGUACCGCCGCAGGUGCCAAUGAGUGCUUCCAUCUCAUCGAUUUCACCACAGCGUCGCAGCGGUCCUGGAAACGCUACUUCCCCGUACGCUUACUCUAACCAGCAGACUUUUUCUUACACGCAACCUCUGCCUUCGCCACAGAGCUAUGGCGGCGGCGUUAACCACACGCAGUCCGGCAUGGCGGCUAACGGUGGCUUUGCACCAAACAAGCAACUGCGUGGCAGGCCCAACGUCACCUACCCUCCGCCAAGGCACUCCAACGGGAUCAUUCCAACACCCGACCCGACCGUAGGCAGUGUCAUCUCCGAUGAGGACGUCGCGUUGCAGUUGAUGCGUCUAGGCGACCCAACUGCCUUUUCGCAUGGGCGCACGUCCACCUCAACAGUCGACGAUGCCCUUAGCGGCAAGGCCGAAGCUGCUUCCUCUGACGAGGAGGAUGACGAGGAUGAAGACGACGAUUUGCCAAGCGCUGGCCGACCUGCCGUACCACGAUUCAAUGACGCUGAGCCUCAGCGGAAGAAGCAGCGCACCACGAACGAGCUGCCAAGUGACGGUACCAGCGGUGAGGAGUACGAGGACCACCGUGAUGGUACCUUCGCCGCGGACGGGAUGCAGCGCAAGCCCAGCAAGUCCAAGGGCAGCAAGCCUCGAGCUCUCUCCAUGGCGAAGCCGAAGAGUAAACCUUCUGUGGGCCAUUCGAAGGUGCCUAUGUCACCGUCUUCGCUCCCGACUCAGUCUCGCAAGGGCUCCAUUGGCUCGACCAUUAACUUCCAGCACCAACUUGGUGUCGACGAAGAGGAUCUGUCUUCUAAGCCGCGCUGUCAGCGGUGCCGCAAGAGCAAGAAGGGCUGUGACCGUCAGCGUCCAUGCGGUCGUUGCAAGGACGCCGGAAUUGGCGUUGAAGGUUGCCUUAGCGAGGACGAAGGAAAUGGGCGCAAGGGCAGAUACGGUCGGCAUAUGGGCGUGCCUGUCAAGCGAUCGGACGAGAUGCUUGAUGUUAGCGGAGGCGCCGCUGCACCGCAGUCGGCGAUGCCUGCUAACGGAUACUUUCUGGCUCCGGCUCUGCCAGACAAGAGCAAGAAGAGGAAGAGGUGA